GGCAAGUCAGACAUGAGCAUGUGGCAAAGUGGCACUUACUUGCUCUGGAGCGGUGCCACUUGUUGAUUCAUCAGCGUCCCAGUCCAAAUACAAAGGCAGCAAGCGGAAAGACAAGACAGAACGGCGCAAAGUGUCAAAUUCGUGAAGACAAAACCAAUCCAAAUGUGAGCCGUACCUCCAAGGAGUCACUUGGAGCCAGAAUACUGCAGGCGCUGGAUGAUGAAUUGGACAGAGGGGAAAAAGGGGGCCGGUCCAACCUGUCGCUUGGCCGCGCCCCUUGAUUUUUAAAGGGCCUCGCGCGCGGCGAGUCGAGCCACAGCUCCGGUCCGCCAGCCAUCCUCCCAAGACGUCUCCCUGAAGACAACAGACAGGCGGACAUCAGCAGCGCUUGACUGAUCCGAAUCCAGCAUGAAUGUGAGCAUGUGGAGCGACGACAUCUUUUGGCUGGACCAACUGGCUCCUCUUGAGCUCCGUCCCACUCGGGCAAAAUCUCAAGACCCCUUCGACGAGACGAGCGGGACGCCACGUCUCUGCUACGCAUCUCCCGCCGCCAAACGGAGCGGCCGUCCAGCCAAGCGAGCCCGGGUGGAAGAUAUCCUGAACUGUUCGCCUGUUAGCGAGAAGAAACAAGACCCGGUCCAGAGAGCGGAGGGAAGCCGGAAGCCGGCUCUGUGGUCAACUCUUCCGGAAGAGCCGCGGCCAGCGUGGAACGGCUCUCCCCGUGCAAACUUAAGGGGUGGCGACUCCACAAGUGGCACAAAGUCAGGCAACUUUUCACUCGAGCCGGAAAAAGCAAUGGCCGACGUUUUCAAGUACCAACUCUCCAGAGCCGUGAGUCACAGCGUCGACUCGCUUUUCAAAAGCAUGCCGCUCAUACGGGUGGCCGACGGGUCUUCGAGGGCUCCGCGCCGGGUGCUCGACGUUCAAACCGAGGCGCUGUCUCUGGUGGUACGAGGACCUCGAGAGGAAGCGUCAAAGUCGCUCAAAGUCCGAUCCGGGGCGGAGUCCGGAUCGACUGAGGUGCCGAGUGUUUGCUUCCCGCGCGUCAAGAUGGAGUCAAGCGGCCUUCUCAAGAAUCAUCGUUACAGCCUCAACGUAUCCUUCCAUAGGUGGGGCCUUUGGCUCACCUGUAUAGCCCAAAAUGUUGAAGCAAGCCGCAUAGAGGGUUUGACCACGCGGCAUCUGAAAAAAGCCAAGCUGAUGUUCUUCUACGCGCGCUAUCCCAGCUCGCCGGUGCUGAAGAUGUGUUUCCACGAUGUGCAGUUCACACGCUGCAUCGGCUCCCAGCUCAUCAAGUGGUUCAGUAACUUCCGCGAGUUCUACUACAUCCAGAUGGAGAAGUUUGCGCGGCGCGCCGUGGCGGAGGGGCCGGCCGACGCGGUGGCGCUGUCUGUGGGCAGAGAGUCGCAACUUUUCAGAGCCCUCAACGUGCACUACAACAAAGGCGGCGACUUCCAGGUCCCCAAUGGCUUCCUCCAGGUGGCAGAGAUUACACUGCGGCAAUUCUACACUGCCAUUUCCGCGGGAAAGGACCGAGAACCGUCCUGGAAGAAGGCCAUCUACAAGGUCAUCUGUAAACUGGACGCCGACGUCCCGGCCCUGUUCAAGACUUAGGGCUGACGUCUGCUUUGCCACAACGGCGACGUGGGCUUACUCGAGCGAAUAUGACACCCAAACGGUAUGGGUCCGUCCCCAUGUCACUUUUUCGCCACCUGCUGUCGACUAAAAAUGACAUCAGAGAUGCCGGGUCUCGACAACCAAUCGCGACUCGGCUUCGCAAAACCGGUGAGCCGUGAUUGGUUGGCAACUGCAAUGUCAUUUUCAGUCCACGGCCAGGGGCAAAAUGGCUGCCGCCCCGCGGAGACCAUUUUUUCUUGUUAAAUUCAUCUUCCAGAACACUCUUUCCACUAGUUGGGCUGCACAGAACAUAUUGCACCGAUUUAUUUUUCCCCUUUAAGGUUGACAUGUUUUUUGUAAUAAUGACAAAUACAUUCAGAUACAUUUGUAAUGUUUCAAGCAUAUUAAAUCAACAUGAUUUGGGAGGGUCAAUGUUUUUACCAAAUCCAUGUGACA